CUACUCUCUCCGAGCUUUGGAAAGACUAAGUUAUAGCCUGCAACAAAACCACAUUAGUUGUCAAGCUUGUUUUAUGCACACACUUUUUGUGUCAGCAUGUUAUGCACACUGUUUGUGAAGAGAGAAUAUAGAGGAGAUGCAAGGUAGCCAAGAAUAGACCGGGGGUGAGACUUGCACGGCUUUGGUGUACAGUGUACAGGACGCCGGUAUGAGCCGCCUCAGUAAUUGAAGAGUGCGGUAUUGGAGGAAACAGGUGGAAUUUUGACAGUCCGUGCUAAACGCAUGUCAUUUCUUCAGAGAGAACUUGUGGAGGACAUCACUUUAAAACUCAUCCUUGGACCUGUUCCUUCACGAAGCUGAUUCAAGUCUACUUUUCCCUGCUAAAGUAUAGAGAAAGCGUCCGAACGUUCGAAUGCAUUUAUCAUUGGAUACCAUGAGUGUGGUGGAUGACAGCUGCCUCUCGCCCAGUAACUUCCACGAGAUGGUGAAAGGAGGGGGGUUGGCGAUGGGCGGCCGCGUCCACAGCAUUGAUGUCAUCCUGGGCUUCAGCAAAGACCAGGACCCCCUGCUCACCCCCUCUGAGGGUCCAGGACCACACAAAGUGGGCGUGGAUGGCCUGGGGGACCCUGGGAAGCAGGACCUGUCACACCCCUAUGGGCACCUCUCAGAACAGAGGUCCUACCAUGAUUCAGUACUGUACUCAGAUAAGUGUGAUGGGGACAUGAGUGAACUGAGGAAGAAUGUGGACAGCAACGGUGGGAAGAGUCCAGUGCCCUGCGAAGAAGAGCGGCCCAAGAAGAAGCACCGGCGCAACCGCACCACCUUUACCACCUACCAGCUGCACGAGCUGGAGCGUGCCUUUGAGAAGUCCCACUACCCUGAUGUGUACAGCCGUGAGGAGCUGGCCAUGAAGGUUAACCUCCCUGAAGUCAGAGUUCAGGUUUGGUUUCAGAACCGCAGAGCCAAAUGGAGGCGCCAAGAGAAGCUUGACGCCACCACCAUGAAGUUGCACGACUCACCCAUGCUCUCAUUUAACCGGCCGCCCAUGCACAGCAAUAUGGGGCCCAUGAGCAACUCCCUCCCCCUGGACCCUUGGCUGACCUCCCCUCUGUCCAGCGCCACCCCAGUUCACAGCAUCCCAGGCUUCAUGGGCACAGGCCAGGGACUGCAGGGAGGCUACCCCAGCCACAGCUUCCUCAACAGCCCUUCACCCAUGGGCCAGGGGAUGCAAUCCAUGACACCUCCUCCGUACCAGUGUUCCGGUCCCUUCACCGACAAGUAUCCAAUGGAGGACGUGGACCAGAGGAGCUCCAGCAUCGCAGCGCUGAGGAUGAAAGCCAAGGAACACAUCCAUUCCAUGGACAAAACCUGGCAGCCCAUGUGAUGGGAUAUUGACACUGUGUUUGCAGGCCUGAUUGGGAUUUUGGGUCCAUGCUAAUGCCUUUUUCCAUGCGACAGGAUUGCAGUGAUGGCACCGAGAAAUGCACAGUUAUGACUCCUGAUAUAUCUAAGAUUUCCAGCACCAGCGACCUUUAUAUUAGAAUGGUUCUUGGUCUCUGUUUUGAGUUCCUUUUCUACUAGUAAUGUGAAGGAUUGGAAAUUGAUGCAUAUUUUGUGUGCCACCACCCAGAAAGGACCCUAUGACUCAGAAUGUCAAGAAAGGCCUCGCAAAUGAAAAUUAACAAGCAAGCAUUUUCCAAAAGGACUGCAAGGACUACUCAAGUUAACUAAGUUAUGGUGGAAGGCAGCGAGACACAAGUGUUACUUGAUUUUUUAUGUUUUUUUUUAAGAUGAACUUUUAUGAAGCAACUGGAACAACGAUUCCACUAGACACUAAUUGCCCUUUAUGGCAACUUUUUGAUUUGGAUCCUUAUCUCAAAGUUUGGAUGCCGUAACCAAGGCAACAAAUACUUCCUCAGUAUUCCUGUAAAAAUGCAAACCCUGUACACGCUAGUUAAGUUUGUAAUGCAGAUAACUCAGACUGUCCAUGUGUUAAUUUUGUUAAUCAUUAUUUAACUUUUUGUAAGAGUAGUUUUAAUAUUUUGUACCUUGCUGUUAGCCAUGAAUCUAAUAAUGAAGUCCCCUCCAGAUCCUUUCACAAAAUACAUUUUGUAGAGUGCUCACACACGGUCACAUUUAACUCUGCAAAUUAAGGUUUGUGUAUUUUUGUAAUUAAUCCAAUUGUCUAAUUUGUCAUGAAUGUUAUGGGUCAAUUAACUAGUCAUUCUCUCAGUAUUUGUGAUUGGACAUGCCAUGUCUCCCAUAAUAGUAGUUGAAGGUUGCGGCGGUGUGAAUCACUAUGUCUAUGACCCUGAAAAACAUAAUCAUUCACCUAGUUAUGAUGGUCAGGUUAUUUCAACACCUGAAGAAAAAGAAAACAAGGGCCACCUCCCCGAAGACGGAGAACACUAUAUUUCUGUCUGUGGUAACUGCAGUUACAGUGGAGAGCCUCUGUCCACACUGUGGGUUGUGGGGUCAUGGUUGAUAUGUCCUGGCUCUGGCUGGAUUACGCUUUCAGCUGAGGAUGCGUAAGACAAUCUGUCAUGCUAUUUCAUUUGAAAAGACGUGAACAUGUUUUAACACUCAAUCAACUCAACUGAAAGUGAUUUAGUCUUAAUUGACUAAAAUUAUGAUUGUCCUGAGACUAACUCCAGACUGCAUACACACACAAACACUCCAGACAGCACACACACUGAUAUCAACAACUUCUUUCACAGAGGUGCUGGCAAGUCAAACAACGUGAGGCUCUUGUUCCUUGAGAAUGGGUCUUGAGGAGUGGUACAUAUCAAAAUCCAAUCUCUGAAUUGUAUGGCACCCUCAGUGUGUGACAUCUUGAUUAACUGAGGAAGAAAAUAUCUGUUUUAGUUUUGAAUUGGAGCUGCUAAACAUGUUUGGGUCAGUCAAACAGAGAGUUCUAUGGCGUAAGCCUCGUACAGAGAGAGAAUGGAAGCCAGGUGACCUCCUUCUCACACAGUAGGGUUUGGAAGAGGACAAGGGGACAGAGCAAAGAGGCCACUAAAGUAACCUAUUUUUUGUCUCAGUGGCUGUUGGAGAAGGCAGCUUGGCCUUCCGUCACUGUGUGUACAUGCAGAGCAGCAGAAGGAGAAUGGUCUGAUGUCACCACACAUAGUUUAGUCUUUGUUGGCACAAUUGAUCCAAGACCAUCUUCUUUGUCUAAAGUUCGAGGGGGAAAAUGGUCAGAGACUGCACUAAAUAGGCCUCUGGGAAUGAAAAAAGAGCAUGAUUUGUCUAUUGUAUCAUGAAUGUUUUUUUGUAAUUCUACGUCAAAGAGAUGAGCUACUACAUGGGGUGUACAGGUCCAUUGUGGCAUUAUGUUUUGAUAAUGACUGCAUGUAUAUUUAAUAUGGCAUUGGGGAGAUUGGGUCCCCAUUAACUGGUUUGUGUAUGGUAAAACUUUUUUUACUCCAACCACCCCUGUAUACUGCACAUUGUAAAAUGACAAUAUGUCAUAUAUAGGGCUAGGUAGAAUGAAUCAUUCCUGAUGGAAAAUAAUUUAGCAAUUAGAUUUUUCUGAGACUUUUUACAGAUAUUAACAUUAUUUAUCCUAAUGUAAUUGAAUAGGCACGAGGGAUAACAUUUCAUUAUUUUUAUUUCAGUGAUAUUUUUUAGACUAUUACAAUAUGAAGAAAAUCAAUUCCUUCACACAAAAUGUACAUUGUUGCAGCAUUUGAUUUAAAAGGAAACUCAAAAUGGCUUUGCUGCCAGACUAACAGAGAACAACUGUUUGAAAAAGUUGCAGACUCACCACAGACUUGUCAAUUCAUCCAACUUACUGUGAAUUUUCCAAAGUAUUUUCAAUGUAUUACUGCACCUAUAAAACUGUCUUUUUGUCAUAGACGGUAAUAGCACCAUCGGACAAUACUUCAAAUAAUAUAUAUAUAUUUUUUACUGGUGUGUUAUGGGAUUCUAUGAUAAACUCUCACUAUCAUCAUUGUUGUUUUGCUAAUUAUGCCCUAAUACAGUUGAAGUUGGAAGUUUACAUACACUUAGGUUGGAGUCAUUAAAACUCAUUUUCAACCA